AGUUGUACAGUGCUAGAUAUAUACAGAUUUGUUAUACACUUUUUUUUUUUUUUUGUUUUUUUUGAUUUAUUUAUUAUAGAUGAUUAUAUAUUUUGAAUUAACAUCUAAUAUUACAACUAAUAUCAACGACGUGAACAACAACAAUGUCAUUGCUAUGUGUUUUAGUCAAAAAAGCAAGAGUAGUAGGAAACGACGGUAUUAUUAUGCAAAAUAUUUUUGUUUAUUUUAUUUUUCUUCUCUAAUUUAUAUAUUGUAUCUAUUUUGUCAUUUGUAGAAAAUUGUAAUACAUAUGUUGUAUUAAAAAUUAAUAAUGUUAAAUCGACUACAAGUGUUGUUAAAGGUUUGAAUCCAAGUUGGGAACAAGAAUUUUAUUUUGAUGUCAAUGAUACAGUGUUUGGUUUACAAGUUGAAUUAUGGGAUCGUGGUAAAUUUCGAGAUAAAUUAUUAGGAUUAUACUAUAUUAAAUUAAAUGAUAUUGUAACAUUAGAUGAACAUCCGAAUGAACGAUGGAUUGUAUUAGAUAGUGAAGUAUUAUUAGCAAAAAAUGGUCAAGUAACUGGAACAUUUAAUACAACUGGACAUUGUCUAUUAUUAAGAUUAUUUCUCGAAUUACCUGCAGAUCUGACCGAAGAAGAGUCAAAAGAUUUACACCAAAAACUUGAAUAUUUGAAUGAUAUAUUAGAUAAAGAAGGUCGACAAUUACAAGAUGUAACGUUCGAAGAAUUAAAUUCAUUGUCAUCAAUGCAUCUAGAUCAGAACUUUGUUAAUCAACAUGGUAAUCAUUCUCAUUCACAUUUUUCUGAUGAUUCUGAUUACACAUCGGAUGUAUCCUAUCCAAUUAAUCAACAGGCCAAUUUGAACUAUCCAAUGCCGCUGAUUCAAACUACAACACAACCGCCUACCCUAAUGACACCAGCCAAUGAAUUAACUCAACAACGCCAAUCUAAACUUUUUCCGUCUAUAUCUCGUAACGAUACGAAACCUCGUGCAUUUGUUCAACCACUCAUGCGUGAUGUUCCAUCAUCAACACCUGCCCAAAGACGAGAACGUUUUGUAAAUCCUGCAGCAAAAUCUUUAUCGUUAACAACAUCGAAUGUUCAAGAUCCAGAUCAAGAUCAAGAACCACUUUGUUAUGUUAGUCAACCACCGAUGAAAAGAAAAACAACACUAACAAAUUAUGAUCAAGAGAGUUUAUUUUCAUGGUUUCGUGAUAUAUUAAUAACAUUAACACCUAAUAAACAACAACAGCAUACACGUCAGUUAUCCACAACACCAUCGACUGUAUCCUCAGCAAAUAGUAACCAAUCAAUUCAAUCAUUUUAUCAUAAUCCUUAUCGAUCGACAACGACCAUGAAACAUCCAACAAUAUUAAAAAACUAUAAUAAUAUAACGCAAGCUAAAAAUAAUCAUCAUAAUUAUAUUGAUAUGCCACAGCAACAAUUUUCAAAUAAAAAUAAUUAUCCAACAUUCUUAAUUGAAUCACAACGAAGAAAAUUACCAACAACACCGGUAUCUCGAUUAGAACAAGAUGAUGAUGAUGAUGAUGAUGGUGGUGGUGGUGAUUCAUCAACUCUUGAUGAUCAAAUAAAAGCAAAACUUUUACUUUUACAUCAACGACAUAAUACAGCAGCAUUACAACAACAACAUCCACGACAUCGUUCACCAUCUCCUCCAUCUCAUUAUUCAUCUCGAUCAUCGAUAACAGUUCAUGAACAAGCAAUAAAUACCGCACCUAUUUCACCCUAUUCUUAUUCACAUCGCCGUAAUAGUUAUGCCUAUCGAAAUAGUAUUAUACAUUCGACGUUACCAUUACCGUCUUAUUAUAAUCGUUCAUCGACAAAUCAUUUAUUAACAACGUCAAGUGAUGAUGAUAAUUAUAAUCGAUCGAAAUCAACGAUAACUGACGAUGAAAAUUUGAGUAUUAAAGAGGAUAAAGAAGAAGAAGGGGAUCAACGACCAGUAGAAGAAAGAGAAGAAGAAGAGAAGCAACGUCAGUCAUUACGUACAUUGCCACCACCACCACCACCACCACCGUGGCUAUUAAAAAAUCAUCAGAAUAUAAAUUAUUAUCAUCAAUAUGAUGAAAAUGAUAUGCAAUUUGAUUUUGCAUCUGUUGUUUUAUGGUAUAAAAAUGUUAUGCAGUCUGUUAAAAAACUUCUGUAA